CCUAUUCCCGUUUCUAUUCUCUUCAUCAUUAAUAUGUCAACUACAUAAAAUAUCAACAAUGUAUUUGAUGCGGGCAUCUCAGUUGGCAUGGUUUUUAUCAGUAUUUCCUAUCGCACAAUGUGAUUUUCUUGAAGAGACGCCGAAAGUCAAGCAAGUUGCCAUCAUUGGCGCUGGAGCCGCUGGUUCUUCUACAGCUUACCAUCUACGCAAGUAUGCCGCACAGGACGGUGUUGCAGAUGUCAACAUCACCAUAUUCGAGAAGACCAACCAUAUCGGCGGUCGAACUCUCACGGUAGACGUCUAUGAUGAUCCUCUCAACCCAGUCGAAUUAGGCGCCUCAAUAUUCGUCGAGGUCAAUUACAUCCUCUACAACGCGACCAGAGAUUUCAACUUGCCUCUCACCGACCCGGGCACGGAUGAAAAUGGUUUGCUUGGUGUAUGGGAUGGCGAGAACUUCGUCUAUACGCAAGACUCGGAGUCAUGGGGUUGGUGGAAUCUUGCCAAACUCUUUUGGAAAUACGGAUCUGCACCGUAUUAUACACAUCGGCUUGUCCAGGACACCGUUGGGACGUUUCUCAAGCUCUACCAGGCCCCAUAUUUCCCCUUCAGGUCACUCUCCACUAGGGCUUUUGAGCUUGGCCUUGUUAGGGUAACUGGCUUGACUGGGCAACAGUUCCUAGCGGAAAACAAGUUGGACGGUCCGUUUGCUCAUGACAUUGUACAAGCUAGUACGCGUGUCAAUUAUGCGUCAAAUUUGCAGUACAUACAUGGCCUAGGAACUAUGGUUGCUAUGGCUCCCGAAGGCGCCGUUGCCGUGGCCGGUGGUAAUUGGCAGAUAUUCUCGAAGAUGGUCGCAGAUUCCCAGGCUCAUGUCUCAUUGAAUACUACCGUAACUGCAAUCACCAAGGAAUCAAGCCCAGGCUCAGAGUCAAAGUCUCCAAAGUACCAAAUCAAAACCAAAGCAACCGGUUCCACUGCAGAUGAGGACGAAACGUAUCCCGUGACUUUUGACAAGGUCGUCAUCGCAGCACCGUACCAAUUCAGCGGCAUCAGCCACGACGACGAUGUCAUCGCACACCCUGUUGAUUCAAUUCCCUACGUUACUCUUCACGUAACACUCUUCGCCAGCCCAUAUCGCUUUAGUCCGGAAUUCUUCGGCCUUGAGCCUACCUCCAAGGUACCCAUUUCCGUGCUCACGACGUUAGGAGAGGAUGAAGAAGCCAAACCGGGAUCCGAGGGGGCUGGUAACGCGGGUUUCUUCUCCGCGACACUGGUAAAAGUAGUAACGAACUCAAAAACGAACAAUACCGAAUACGUCUACAAAAUCUUCUCUCCGGAUAAGGUGACUCCUGAGUUCCUGUCCCGACUACUUGGUGUACAAAUACCGGAAACAUUUACUCGAUCAGACCCUUCCACUGAAGGCAAGGAUACCAACGCGAAUGAGAAGACCGUCGUCGAUCCAAUAUCGUGGUACCACCCCACUGUCUUCCACCCCUACCCGCAAAAGUUCCCACGCGUCACGUUCCAAGACCCUAUUCUCGGUGACGGGCUGUACUACACAUCCGGCAUCGAAAGCUUCAUCUCCACGAUGGAGACAAGCGCGCUAAUGGGUAUGAACGUCGCGCGACUAAUUGCGGACGAGAACAUACGCGACUAUAUGAGAGAUGAACUAGGUAUCCCUAUUGUAGAUGAUAAGGACCAAGAAACUGAAGAUCCUCGGAUACGAUUAAAGGAGGCGAGGCCCCAAAAUUGCAAUCGCCCAUUCGACCCUAUAGAUGAGCUCUAGGAAAUUACUUUUGGAAUUGAUGCUAGUUUAGUGUAUAUGUUGGCAAUGAAAAUUGAUACCAUUACAGCUCGCCUCCUUUCCUUGCAAUGCAAUCAUUGAUUUCCAGUUUAUACGCUGUCUCCAUUUAUCGCAAUACCCGGGCGACGCCUAGAUUUCAUCCGAUGCA